GGAGCAAAUGGUUGCCCUCUCAUGGUGGUUUCCACCGAUGUAAAAAUAAUAAAAAAAACAUAUUUUAUUACAAAGGAGUCAUCAGACUCGCUCUCAUUUCUCCGCCAACCGCCUUCCAAUCCUUCCGCUCUGUUUAGCUUCCUUUCUCUUGCCCGAAGGCUUCAAUAAUUCUAUUUCUUCUUUCGUUUCGGAAGAGAUUUCGAUUUUGUUCUGCCGAAUUCGGAAACAAAUUUCAAAGAUCGGAGCUCUUCCUGCCGAUUUUCUGCUUUUUUUCGCGAUAUUUAUUGGGAUUUGAAGGGCAGUUUUGAGAUCUCAAGCUGUUAGCUUUUUAGCGUUCGUUCCAGGAUUUCAUUCGAAUUGUUCGGAUCGAUGGUGAGUUUAGGGAUCCUGGGCGAUCUCAAGAGCUUACUGUGAAAGAAUUGGAGUUCAUCCUCAAAACAAAAGAUUCGAGUUAGGGUUGGAGUUUGGUCUGAUUUGAUGUUUGGAUCGGCAUGGGAGUAGAUUACUACAACAUCCUGAAGGUAAACCGGAACGCCACCGAUGAGGAUCUCAAGAAGUCGUAUCGGAGGCUGGCGAUGCAGUGGCACCCGGACAAGAACCCUAGCAAUAAGACUGAGGCCGAGGCCAAGUUCAAGCAGAUCUCUGAGGCCUAUGAGGUUCUAAGCGAUCCACAGAAGAGGGCAGUAUAUGAUCAAUAUGGAGAAGAAGGCCUGAAAGGGAUGCCCCCUCCGGGUUCCCACAGUGGGGCCCCAUUUGCUAAUGGCUCACGUGGUCCUAGUAAUUUCCGAUUCAAUCCUAGAGAUGCAGAGGAUAUUUUUGCUGAGUUCUUCGGAAGCAGCCCUUUUGGGUUUGAGUCCAUGGGACGUGCGAAGUCCAAAAGGUUUCAAACAGAUGGUGAUGGGACUUUUGGUGGAUUUGGUGGGACAGAGAAUACAUUCAAAUCAAAUACCAGGGGUGCUGGUGCCAGUGGAGGCCAGCCUCAGAAAGCACCACCUGUGGAGAGCAAGCUCACAUGCAGCCUUGAAGAACUCUAUACUGGAUCAACAAGGAAGAUGAAGAUCUCAAGAAAUGUCAUGCGACCAAAUGGACGUCUGGUGCCCGAGACAGAGAUCUUAUCGAUCGAUGUGAAGCCUGGAUGGAAGAAAGGAACCAAGAUAACAUUUCCAGACAAGGGGAACGAGCAGGCAAACCUAUCACCGGCAGACCUUGUAUUUGUCAUCGACGAGAAACCUCAUGAUGUGUACAAGAGGGAUGGGAAUGAUCUUGUGGUCCACCAGAAGAUCCCAUUGGUGGAUGCGCUUGCAGGGACCACAAUAAACCUCACGACCCUUGACGGGCGUGACCUUGCAAUCAAUGUGACCGAUGUUGUUACUCCUCGGUAUGAGCUUGUGGUUGCAAAUGAAGGGAUGCCAAUCGCCAAAGAACCAGGGAAGAAGGGAAACCUGAGGAUCAAGUUCGAUGUUAAGUUUCCUUCAAGAUUGACAACCGAACAGCGGGCAGCAAUUAGACGCAUCCUGGGAGGUUAACUACAGAAAAAAAAUGCCAGAGUACCAUAUGCUCGAGAUGCAGGCAGCACUGUUAACUCUCCAUUUAUUAUUCCAUACUAAAUCUUGUCAUUCUAUAUUUUUGUGCCAAGAAAUUUCUUUAAAUGUUGUAAUGGUUCAGAAUGUCAAUAGCUAUUUGAAGGCGCGAUAGUCUUUCUCAUGAAAAUAUAA